CCCCCAGAUGAAGCCCCCAGUGAAAAGGCAGACAGAUAGUAGUAAUCUGUUAGAAACUUUGAGCAAGGGGCUGUUUGAACACAAGCUGAUAAAACACCACGUCGACAUCGUUCCCGGUGAUUUUUACUUCCUAAAUGUUGUAGCUGUGUGAAAGUACGGCCGAAACAACGACUCCGAUAUCCGCAUCCACCGGAGCGACCUCAACUUCAGCCGAGCUUUCUUGGGCAUUUUCUGAAGACUGCAGUGCUGGAACUUGAAGGUGGCUUUCUGCAGACCCAUUUGCAGGGAGGGAAACCUUUGUGAAACGCUGGAGUGUGGCCAGUUCAUCCUUCUUUAUCAUACUGGAACCUGCAGAGUAAUAAAAUGGCUACAAGGUCCCGUGUUCCCUUGAUGCUUCUUGCAAUAUGUUGCCUGGCAUCUGCAGGACCUUUGUUUCGCAGCCCCUGUGAGCUGCUGCCGGUGGGGACGGGACACCCGGUGCAGGCCGUCCUGAAAAGCUUCACUAUCCUGUCAGGGUGUGCGAGCAGGGGCACCAGCAGCCUGCCCCAGGAGGUCCACAUCAUCAACCUGAAAGGACAUGAGAUAACAGACAACACUCCAGCAAAGGUUGAGUUGCACCUGAAGCCCAUCCACGCCAUACUGCACCACCAGAAGCCCCUGGUCUUCGUGCUCAACUCCCCCAAACCGCUGAUCUGGAAUGUCAGAGCGGAGAACCUGGCUCUGCGCAUCAAGCAUACCUUUCAUGUAUCUUUGGGCUCAGAGGUCCACUUUAAGCCAGAAAACUUCUCCCUCUUCACCCGGAUACAGCAGGAGACCUUUCCCAACGGCAAUGAGCACCUCCUCAACUGGGCCCAGAAGAAGUACAAGGCAGUCACCUCUUUCUCUGAGCUCAGGAUGACUCAAAACAUCUACAUCAAAGUCGGAGAAGAUCCACUGUUUUCUGACACCUGCAAGAUCGAUUCCAAGUUCCUGUCUUUGAACUACCUGGGCAGCUACGAGGAGCCGCAGACAUCAAAAGGUUGCGUCCUCUCGGUGCCCAGUAAAGACCGAGAAGUCCACAUCAUUGAGCUGCAAGCGCCGAACUCCAGCAGUGCUUUCCAGGUGGAUGUCAUUGUGGAUUUGCGGCCGCUGAAGGAAGAUACUCUGGUAUUUCGUGACGUUGUCUUGCUGCUCAAGUGUGCGAAGUCUGUGAACUGGGUCGUCAAAGUGCACAAUGUGACCGGCAGUCUGCACGUUGUGGCCUCUGAUACAGUGAGUGUGAGCCCGCAGAUAUCAGCGGUCAAAUCCCCGAAGCAGCGCCUGCCAUCAGGGCCACAGGCCUUAAUCCAGUGGGCACAGGAGCAUGGCCACGGUCCAGUCACAUCCUACACCAGCACUCCUGUGGCAAACCACUUCAAUAUCCGGCUGAGAGAGCCAGAUGUGGUGGAUCCUUUGGAGAGCAAAUUACCCCCUGAGCUUGCCAUCCUGCGACAGCCCAGUCUGCCUUUUCCGUUCCCUCCGCUGACCGAGGGCCUGCCCUACCCGCCGCUUUAUCACCCGUCCCGGGACUUUGAAGAGCCCGAGGAGCAUCGGGACGUUCUGAAUGUUGGCCUCAGCGUGCGCUGCGAAGACAAGAGGAUGGUGGUCAGCAUCGACAAAGAGAGCCUGCAGGCAAACGGGUUCACAAAUGCCAGCCUCACACUUCAAGACCCACAAUGCAAAGCAACAGUCAAUGCCACCCACUACACCCUGGAGACUCCUCUGACUGGCUGUCAGACCGCCAUAUUUCCCAUGCAGAGCAGCCAAAUGGCCCUCCACAUCAAUUCUGUCAUUGUAAGUCAUGCUGAGACUAAAGAUGGCGGCCCGAUGGGUUAUCGGGACCUGGAUGUGUUCACGAGGGAGCCGGCGGAAUUAGACAGGAUACUUCCGGUGCACGGUCCAGUGCACGGUCCAGUGCACGGUCCAGUGCACGGUCCGGUGCACGGUCCGGAGCCGUCCUUCAUAGAGUUCAACUGCACAUACAGAAAGAAACAGGAAGGCUCAGAAACGCCUCCCGGGAUUGUGCCGGGACCGGCGAGGCAGCCGGUCACCAACAUGACGUUUACCAUGGAGCUGUACGAAACGCUGCCUUUCAACAAACCGGCACGGCAGUCCUUCUUCACCGUUUCACAAAGUCAGCGAGUGUUUGUGGAGGUUACAUCGACUGCAGCAGAUCCAGAGUUGGGGUUCACCAUCAUAUCGUGCUUCAUUUCUCCCGACUCCAAUCCCAGCGUGCCCUCGGACUACACGCUCAUCGAGACAGUUUGCCCCAAAGAUGUCUCUGUCACGUACCAUCCUCAGAGGGAAUUCCCCGUCCUGCCUGCAAAGAAGGAUAACAAGAUCUUCAGCUUCACCUUUAACUCCUCCUUCAAAGUGUCCCUUCUUUUCCUGCACUGUGGGAUGUCUCUGUGCUCCAAGACACCUCAGAAGAACCGAAAUCUGCCGCCGUGUUUAUCGCCCACUGCAAACUGUGAUUCUGUUUCUGGCGACAACAUCAUGGCCAUGAUGAUAAACCAAAAGGUGUCGACUCAGCCGCUGGUGGUGGUGGAUGGUCCGGCUCAGCCAGGCACACCAGAUGCUACAUUUGAAAAUCCAGAAAAUCGUCCUCCUGAUGGAGUGAUGUAUGUGAUCGACACUCCUGUGGUGGUGGGGAUCGCCUUCGCAGCCUUUGUGAUCGGGGCUCUUUUGACCGGAGCUCUGUGGUUCAUCUACGCACACACAGGUGAGACAGCUGGCGCACAGCCGGUGCAGAAGUCCCAGCCGGUCUCGGAGAGCAGCAGUACGGGCCACAGUAUCGGCAGCAUGCAAAGCACGCCGUGUUCCAGCAGCAGCACCGCGUAGCCCGGGACGCCGCCCAGCAGGACGCGCUGCCAGGACGCUCUGACGGUUCACAGGGACCAGUUUAUCUCCUUCCAUGAAAGGAAUUAUUUUGGGGGAUGUGACAGGACAGAAAAAAGCAUGAUUAUAAAAAAAAAAACCACCUUAAGCCCACGUGUUAAAUUGGUGCCACCUUAAGUCCGUGCAGACCGACGUACCGUCAGUCACGCUGAUGUGUGUUAGCUCUGAGACACAGCUUGGCAGCCUCGACCGAGAAACAGUUUAUUCCACACAUUUCUUUCUAAUCCAAACGCUGCUUUUUUCUGACCACAGCAGCCUGUUGUUUUGACCUUAGAUGGUUUGAUUGGGGCUGGUUGUAUGGAGCAGGUGUGCUCGGAGAGCGAGCCGCCACAAUAAGGCUGCAUGACGUCGGUAUUAAUAAGAUGUUGAUGGCUGGACCGCAGCACGUUGCUUUAUGACAGUGGAACCCAGAAAGUGACCAGGAAGCAAAUAAACCACUAUGUUCAUGUGCAGUGUGAACACAAGUCAUCAUCUCGACACGGAGACGAAGGCUUUAACAAGACCGUCUGAGUAUGAAUGUAUUCAAAAGGGUAAAUGCCAAAAAAAUGUGAAUGAAAAAUGUGAAAGAUGUGCUGAUAAAAUUCCACAUUUUCUAAUCAUUUGUACUUAAUAAGGGAUCGAUUGACACAGCCGGGAAAGGAUAUCGAUGAGCAGUUUGAGUUUCGAGCCAUGUUCCUUUAAUUAGCUGUUGUCAAUGGAAGAGUUCAGCAUUAAGAGGAAUAUUUGAUGCUUUUAAUCAAACCUCGUUUAUAUCUGUGUGUUAAAUAUGGAGCCCAGUUCAGUGAUGAGUAGCCCUACUUAGCAUCCCAGGAGGAAAUGCCGAGUUCAGAGACGUGGUCAGUCAUUUUCAGUCUGAAUAGGGCUAAAACCCCUCAGUAUGUUUAAGAGACAUGGUGAAUAUAUGAUACAAUAAUAAUAACUGAUCAUUCAAUGAGAGAAAUCAGCCAUAAAGUGUUCAAAGGUUAUCCAAAUGUUACUAUUGUUGUUUCACUGCCCCACAAAAGGACCAAUGUUGAUUUAUAAUGAUUUUUAAAAUUUUGACCCUCUAUAGAAUAUUAUUGAACAUGCAGAUAUUUUCAUAUUGUGCCCAGACUCGAUGAUAGCACUGAGCUUCAACACUAACUCGUUAUCCUGUUUAUGUGUUUGUGUGAAAGACGCCCGCCAACCCAAAGCGACGCUCAGCUCAUCACCAGUGUCUGUGAGGCAGACAUAGAAACAAUGUUACUUCAGAUCGUCUCAGUUUAUUAAUAAUCAGAAAUGAUAAAUCGACAUUUUUAAAGGGAUCUUUUUGUGCUGCUCUGCAGUGUUUCUGCUGAGCUACAGGACACUAACCACCAGCACCGUCCUCCACACCGAUCCGAGCAGGAGAAGAAGGGUAUUUGUCAAAGUGCUGACUUCAUUUAAGGCCUGUAUAAUUUUGUAUAUUAUUGUAUAUACUCACGUGUGUGCUAGUUGUGUUGUUCUUUGUUGGGGUUUGGCUGGAUUAUCAGUGGAAGGUCCAUUAAUGCGAUUUCUCAUUAAAAAAGGUCACAUGAGGUUUUAAUAAUGGAGCGCGCGGUGACCGUCUGUCAGAUAAUCAGUCGCCAUCAACAGUCCCAAACUCACAGAUGAAAAACGACACACGUGGUUUGAUCUGAGGAUAAAACGAGGAUCAACAUCAUCGAGCUGCUCAUCAGAGCUUUUUGUUGUCAUCGUUUGCUUUGCUUUUUCCCCGUGUGUGCGUGUGUGUGUGUGUGUGUGUGUGUGUGUGUGUGUGUGUGUGUGUGCGUGUUUCUUUUGGCACUGACUGUGUUGAAUAAGCUACAGCUAAAGCUUAUUGUUUUCGUCCUCAUUGCUGAAUGAUUGCUGUAACUGCUCUGCUAGCAUUUAACUCUGUAAGCAGUAACAAGAAUGUAUCUUCUCUUUGCUUUCCUAUGUAAACCUGUAUAAAGCUUUCUAUAGAGAGUUUAAAUAUAUAUUUGUGUAUAAAGUUAUAUUUUGGGAUAUGCUAAGAGAAAUUUAUUGUCUUCUGUGUGUACGUACUGUGAAUUGUGGAUCAAACAUAACUCCGAUUUAUUUACACUAUUCAUUUAUAAACCUUAUACCGUGCUUUAGGACACUUUAAUGAAAUAGUAAUAUUUAUAGUCAGAAGGGGACUAAUCUGUUACUUUUUCUCCCUUUCUGUCAUUAAAUGAAAUGAUGUGUCUUAAAAAUGUAUCGAGUUCAUAAUGAAUACUUUAUACAGAGUUGUUAUUUUUAUUAUGAUAUACAAACAGAUCUGUACAUGGAAUCCAAACGUUUUGUUUAAGCAUGAUGUUCUUUUGAUGUCUUCUCACCAUUUUAUAUGAACCAUGUGUCAGAUAUGAAGUAAAGAGAUCUGAUGUA